UAUUGUUGUGAUUGAAGAGAAUUUGCCAGUAGCCAUUUUUAAAAAUUGAAUGUAGAAAAAGUCUAAGAUGUUUAAGAAAGUUAAGUUUUGUACAAAAAUAGAGAAAUAAUUAAAACGUAUAACCAAAAUGUGUGUUUUAUCGAAAGAACAAUCGGCCGAUUCCGGUGAAUCGAAAAUUAACAACGAAAAUCACGAUUCUGUGACAAUGAUAUUAAAAUUAAUGAGCGAAUAUGCACAACAGCUUCGUUUUAGUGAUAAAAAAGAUAUUGUUUUGGUGCUUGGAAACACUGGUGCUGGUAAAUCCACUCUAACUUCCAUAUUAAGCGAUGCUAAUCUCAACUCAAGAGAGAUCGACACCGAAUCAGGCCAAUGGAUAAUCGAAGAUGAAAAUGGACUGAUCAGCGGAGAAUCUACAAUAACAUCAAAGACAAUCAUUCCCGCAUUAAUGCUUAACCAGACCAAUCAAAUGGUGCUAUACGACUGUCCCGGUUUCAAUGACACAAGGGAUAUUGACCACGAUAUAUGUGUUACCUAUUUGAUUCAAGAAAUAAUCAAACGUGCCAAUCGUUUGAAGCUUGUGUUUGUCGUAAAUUCUGAAUCAGUACGGCCUGGUAGUGGCGAUCGACAUGAUUUUUUGAAUUUAGCUGAACAUGCAAUCACAUUUGCCAAAAAUAUUGAAAAAUAUCAAGAUGCAAUUGCAUUGGUUGUGACCAAAGUGGAGAAUAAACGUAUAAAAAAAAAUGGUGAUUUUGUUUUGGUCGAUGAUGAAAAAGUAAUUGACACAAUAGCUAGGUUCUUGAAACAGGCAAAAAUCGCUUUGGAAACGAAUGCUACCAAAAAGAAUACGUCAAAUGAAGAUAAAAACAACAUCAUUCGCUUCAUCGAUACUUUAUUGAAAACGAAUAAUGGAAAUGGAUAUGAAAGAAUAAGUAUUAUGCGGCUUGCAGAAGAAAGCGGAUCCGUUGACAAAAUUCAAAUGCUGCAAGAUGCAAAACGAAAAAUUCAGGAAAUGAUUCAAAAUAAUAUUAAAUACAUUGAAAAGGAAAAUACCGAUUUUCGCUAUACAAUAUCAGAUAAAUCGAAAAAUCGCAUCACUGGCAUUAUGGAAGAGAUCCAAACACGUUUCAAGGAUGAUUUAUCGGGCAUUGGAACUGAAAUCAAACAAUUUUAUAUGCAACAAGAGAAAUAUAUCGCCGAUCUAAAAGUUUUAAAAGAAAGAAUCUCAAGUGGCUACCGAAAAUUGACGGAAAUUCAAUCAACCGAACCAAAAACGUUUGUUGACAUAAUUAUUAAUACGGCAAAUGAAUUGGCAAUUGGCGUAUCGUACAAUGGUUCCAAUAAAAUUUGGCAAGAUGUUGAAUAUAUUGAUUUUAUAAAAGCGGUCAGCAAUAUCAAUUUGUCGAUAUUGUUUGAUAUUAAAACCGGACUUAACAAUACGAUGCAAUACCUCGAGGACUCUCAAAAAUGGUAUCAAUUUUUAAUUAAUUUACAUGACGAAUUCUCCAAGUAUCGAGUACAAAAACAACUUCCUCAUAUCAAAGAUUCAUUGAGCAGUCAAAUUCAAUUGAUAGACCAAUUGAUAUUUGAAGAAAAUGGAGAAACUAACGUCGCAGCUUUGAAUCUACAUAAACUUUUGAAUGAUUUUGAAUGCAGCAGUCUCUAUUCGUCGAUUGAGAAUGUACGACUGAACGCAUAUAAAGUGAAUGCUUUGAUAAAAGUUUUGAAGCAAACCACACAGGAAGUGAUAACAUGUUUAUCGAACAAUACAUUUAUUGCAAAAGGAUAUAAUGUAAAAAUAUGCGAUAUUGUGCAUGCUGUUAAUCAAUUCAGUAAAUUUGACGUUAAAUACAUUAAAGUAUUUGCGCUAAAUAAUCUUUUUAUCGACAGUGAUGUUGAUAAAAAGGGUUUAAAAGUUGAACUAUCACUUAUUGCACCCAAAUGGAUUAUAAUUGAUCAACGAAAAAUUAUUCUAAGCGGCUACGAUGGAAAGCCACAUUCUGAGUUGGAAGCAAACGAUGAUGAUGGUACCAAGGGUGGUGGAUCCCAUGGACUGCCUGGACUACCUGGUGGCCCUGCCGGUCAUAUCUUGGCCAUUGGCAAUGAAUUCAUCGAUGGUCGAAAUUUGAAGAUUUACAUUGACGGCGGUAAGGGUGGUGCCGGUCAAAAUGGUGGAAAUGGAAAAGACGGAGAAGAAGGAGAAACACCACCUGAACCGGGCUUUCAUUGGUUUGGUCAACCUUUCGAUACGUUCAAUUGUAGGAGAACUAGUCUUGGUGUAUCAAAAAUACCACCUUUUCUAACGGUUGAUUAUGAUAUCGAAGGAGGCAAUGCCAAAAAACCAUCAGCCGGAGGCAACGGUGGAGUAGGUGGCAUUGGAGGCAAAUCUGGACAGAAUUUUAUUGGUGAACUAAAGAAGAGAUCACAUUUUGUAAUAAGCACGAAUCAAGGUGAUGCUGGCAUAGAUGGCUCAGGUGGCCGAGGCGGCAAAGGAACGAAGAGUGGAAAAAUGAUAAAAGCCAAGUGUCUUUUUCUAAUUGUUGGUGCAGUUAAUAUUGAACAUACGAAAGAAGAUGGAGAAGAAGUUCAACGUGCUUCAGAUGGAAGGAAAGGUUCCGAUUGCAUAAUUCAAAUGCAACCCGAAGAACCCGACUCUUUUGUUAAUAAAAGUCAUACAAUAAACAGUUAUAAAGAGUAUGUUCGAGAAAAUUUAGCCAACAACAUUCAGGAAUCGGCACUACGAGAAUUGUUAAAUGAUCUAGAUAAAAAUGAGAAGAUCCAAAUGGAGUAUGAUUGUCUUGGAUUUGUUAAUGAAUUGCUUGGAAUAGAAAAGCAGUAUUUCAAGCUACGCAAUAGGCUCUCAUUUGUUCCAUUUGUAAAAUCUCUUCUGGCACGAAUUAAUAAAUAUUCGGGCUCAAAAUACAUUAUGUUGACAGAAAAAAAGUUGCUUAACUUUUUAUGCACUGCAACCUUGGGCAAAUUGUGUAGCAUUCAAAACGACACAAAGCAUACUGUUUUCGAUCUACCAAAAUAUUUGGAAUUAAUGAGAAGUAAGAUCAAGGAUUUGAAAAAACUGGAAAGAGAUGCUUCCAUCAGAAAAUAUCAAAAACAAUUCAAUCGCUCAUUGCAUAGUAAAAUGGAAUUAGCUAAAGGUUUAAUUGAAUAUCAAGUGAUGCCAGAAAUAAAUAAAAUUUUCAACGACACUAAUGAAGAAAUAUCAAAAUUAGUAGGCGAAGUAAUGGGAAUAAAAGAAGCGGACAUUAAAAAACAACUAAUGCAAUCGUUGGCCAAGAAAAAACUUUUAUUUUGGCUUAAAGUGUUCGGCUCAUUGGCAGUUUUUCUUAGUGUCGCUAGUAUUUUUGUUGGACUUUUUACACAAAUCUUUGGAGCAGUAAUCGUGAAAAAUAAUAAAAUACCUACCAAUUUAUCAAAUUUGCAUUAUAAUGGAACCUCCGGUCAUGGACACAACACAGAAGCAUUUACAUUAUUUUCUGCAGUUUUUGGAUCGUACAAUGAAAUAGUUGAUCUUGUUAAACAACAAUUAAACCAUUUCAAUAAAAAACUCGAAAACAUCGAAGAAACACUCCGCAAAUAUUUUGAUGGAGAUGGAAUGAAAUUAAUAAAAAAAAUAAUUUCCGAAACCAAAACAAAAAUAAAAGAAUACAUGGAAAAUAAAGAAAAGUCGGAUGCUCCGUAUGAUCUGACUGAAAUAAGUAAAGUAAAAGAAGAAUUACAAUUGAUGAUAAAUGUCGAAAAGCAACAGGCGCAGAAAAAUAAGGAUCAUCAUUCCAGCAAGAAAAUAAUAAAAUUGGAUAUAGCACGAGAUAUUCUAAACGAUCAAACUGAGCGUAGCGAUACGCCCAGAACACAUGCAACAUUAUCCGACGAUUUAAUAGACAAAUUGAACAACCUAGAUAAAAUCGGACAGAAUAUGGGAAAAGCAAUCGUUGAGCAAGUGUACCAAAUUCGAAAAAGCAUACUUGAUGUACACAUAAAUUUAUCGUGUAACUCACAUGGAUUUAUAUUGGAUAUAAGUAAAUGGCGCAUUGAAGACCUUAUCAAAGACGUAAUGUCGCAUUUACAGAAAAUGUUGUCGGGCAUGGAUGUUGGUCAGGAUUUACAGCGUUGCUUUGAGAAACUGAAUGAAGGAACGUCAAUCAUGGUUAGUGUAUACGAUCGCAUUGAUGCAUAUGCCGACAAAGUGGAACUUGCCAAUUAUAUUGCAAACCUUUCGUCAUCAAAUUACUGUCAUCCAAGUAAUGAACAAGGGAAAGAAGCCAUUUUAGAGUUAGAAAAAAUGAUUGAAACCAAUCGUGUUUUGGAAUAUUAUGAAAUUGCCAUAAAUGUAUUUAAACAGCACAAAUUUCCAUUCGCUCAGGAAUAUUUGUCGCGAUUUGAAUUGCCUGAAAAUCUCCAUUAUAACGAUACUGAAUUAUUGAAGGAUAAAGCAAUCGCACAAAUUGAAUCACUAGCAAAGGAUUUACACAAUUCAAAAGUGAUCUUAGGAAAAUAUGAUUGCGACAUUGUGACAUCCGAAUCAACAACUUUUUAUACUUGGCAUUAUUAUGACAUUAAGGAGAAUCUAAUCAAAUUAUUUGAAGGACUAGAGAUAUUUGUUAGAGCCGACAUUGCGAAAGGAAUUCAUGAAAAUGCGGUUAAAUUCAAAGAAAUCGCGAUCGAUUUCAAAUUGAAAAACGAAACAAAACAAACCGAUAUGGAUGCAAAAUUAAAAUAUUUUAAUGUUAAAAUGAGAAUGGUUGAUAACAUGUUCUAUCAAUGUGGUCAGCGUUCAUAUUGCAUGUCAAUUAUUGAUAAUAACAUUGACUUCCUUUAUUCGAUAAAGAAAAAUCCAACCGGCGAUCCAGAGUAUACAAAUGAAGUAUAUAAGAAAAUUAAAGAUGGUGACUUUUUCCUAAGCCCGUACACACUUUGGGCCAUUCAAUUAGAAAGCAGAGAAAAAGUAGGAGAUUUUUCACAUUUAAAAGAGUUCAAGGACGAAAUAAUGGACGUACAACUCCGUGGUCAUGGCCAAUAUUUGAAGCAAUCAACCUCAUUCACCAGAGAUGUUUCCAUCAAUGAUUUGGACAAACAAUACCAUUUCAACAGCAUCAUUUCGUUUGAAAACGCAAAGCUCAUGAACAAUUUUUAAAUAUUUUCUAUACAGUUUUUUACAUACUGUUCUGUACUGUAGUUUUGGUUUUAUUUUUAAUAACAUUAUUUCAUCAAUGUUAACCAAAACAAUACAAAUUUUAUCUAUCUUUUUUUUUAUUUACGAAAAAC